CAUCGGUACCUCCGAGCCGCCAUAGGUAAGAAGAGGCGCAUGCUAGAGGUAACUAGACUAUCUAACAAGGUUUGCAUUUCUCUUUACCACGAGAAACUCUAUUCCGUCUUCCAAGUUCAGUUCAGUUCAGUUCCGCUCUGUUCCCCAGAGCUCUAUACCCACUGAAGAUAUCCUCCGAGGGGGGGCUUGUCUUGAAAGACCCAAGACCCCUCCCGUCUAUCACUCACUUACAUUCCAGUCAAACAGCCUGACACCACUCAGCUCUGUCAAAAAAGGGGACCCCAAAGACAUUUCCUUAUAACGGAGGCUGGGGCUGGGAUAUCCAUUCUGCUGAAAUCAGGUUUUCUGGGAAAUUCUCUUUCCUGACCUGUGAGACAUCGUGCUCCGAGUCAGGCUACUCUACUCUUCUUCCCCAAGCCCAACCACUUCACGAUGCCUUCUUGGACUUCCAGCAACGACGAUAAGAUGAGCAGCUGGCGGGACCAGCUCUCGCCCCGGAACCUGAGUUUUCGGGGCUUUAGAAGAGCUUCCGAGUCUGUGGCAAAAACAACCUCCUCAACCAGUAAAGAUUUCACCAUGUUGCACUAUCCGGACCGACCUGCGAGGAGGAUCACUGAGGCCGAUAUUCCCAGCGACGAAGAGUGUAAAAAGUCUCUUAUUAAUAUGAGAAAAGCUUCUUUCGUGGAGCAAAUACAUCGACGACAUGAAAUUCAACAUCAGAAACAAUUAUCUCCUGUGCGAGAACCGACGCAAGAAGAGCUUCCAGCAUUGAGACCGCCUCAACAUGAGUUACCUCGAAUAGUACAGCCACAACCGCAACCACCAACAGAACAACCUCGGGCAAUUCAACCACAGAUUAAGCAGCCUCGAGCACAGCAGCCGUUGCGAUUAACUUUUGGACCGUUUAAUGGACAGUUCCGAUCUGCCUUUGGACCACUUACACCCGCUGAAGAGGAGCCAUGUCCGUUAGAAAAGGUCGACACCAUUGGGUCUACAGCAACAGCAACACCACAAGAUUCACUGCAAGUUCCCGAACCUUCUGUGGACAUUCGAAAAAGCCUCUUAGUUGUUGAUGAUUUAAAGAUUGCAAGAGAACCUUCGCCUUCUGCGGUCAUCAGCGAAGCCAAGACCAUCAAACUCGAACGAGUAGACAACCACGCUACACCUGGCGUCUCACCAAUCUCAUCACCACGACCAAGCGAUGCUUCGGCUUCAGGAUGGCCCAGACGAAAACAAUCAGUUCAAAUGGUCGCUAUUCGUCGAUCAUCGCAAGAUUCUCAGAAGCGCAAGCAGUCUGCUCAUACAGUCGUUGUGCGACGGCCUUCCAAGCCAACGGCAGAUGCCCUUAACUCCCAUCCCGUUCACGCACCUUCUACACAAGUCCAUGUUCGACAAGACAGUGUUUCGGACCCAAUGUGUCGGGUGUGUCAUAAUGGAAUCGCUGAGACGUCUGGGACUUGUUCAAGCUGUGAGAAUGACGCCAUCACAGCCACGCCGGUCGAAAUCAGUCCCAACUUCUCUCGACUUCAUCACAAGCCAACUAUCAAGAAGUACAACCGUCCACCUCCUCUGAUUCCUCAGUCUCUCGACGGUAUCGCCAAGCUUCAUCGCCCCUCCGCUUCUCUCACCUCUGAUCCCGAAGCGAAUUCGCUGUCACCGCCGGCUUCGCCAACAUCGCAUUGCAGCAGUCCAGCUGAGACCGUCAAGACAGUGGCGACGGGUCCUUCAGUUCCUCCGACCCCAAUGUCAGCCCUCUCGACGCCUGAAGUGUUCAAGCGCUUCCAGGAAGAGGUUGAAUCAAGGGCCAAGGCAGAUGAUAGUCCCGCAUUCGAUGAUCCAUGGAUGAUCAAAUCCAUGACUCCUGAGGCUGAUGUCUAUGAAGAAGACUGGGCGGAUUAUUACUUUGAUGAGCAAAACUUCAACGACGACAAAGUCACUAAUGGACCGGCGCCUGGUGCGAAUUUUGUUCCGAGUCCUGUCAAUCCAGGUCCCGGGUGGAUAUAGAGCCUUAUAAGAGAUUGCGUGUAAAAGAUUGUAUCAUGUAUGUAUUCAAAAUGCCAGGUAGCGGGUUUGUUUUUCUAUAUCCUGGUCAAAUAGCGACAAGCGUU